AUGAUGCCCGCGGCGCAUGUCUACGGACAUCACCAGUUCGGACACCAGGCCGACUCGUCCUGGAUGCACCAGCAGUCCGGCCAUCACCAACAGCAGCAUCCUCAACAGGGUAACAGCGCGUCGGCCGUUCAGCAGCAGCAGCAGCAGCAGCAGCAGGCUCAACAGGUUCAGCAGCAACAGCAGCAGCAGCAGCAGCAGCAGCAGCAGCAGCAGCAGGCCCAGCAGCAGCAACAGCAGCAGCAGCAGCAGCAGCAGCAGCACUAUGGCCGCCUCGCUUCCAACAACCACGCCAACGCCGGCAACCAAAAUGCCGCACACAACCAGCAGGAGAAUGGCCACGAGCACAUCUCCGAGGAGAACCGCCGCACCAUGGCCUACAUCGCCGACCUCUUGAACGAAAACACGCGCGAGGCAGCCCUCCUCGAGCUCAGCAAGAAGCGCGAGCAGGUGCCGGAGCUGGCCCUCAUCCUGUGGCACUCCUUUGGCGUCAUGACGUCCCUACUGCAGGAAAUCAUCUCCGUCUACACCCUACUUAACCCAUCGCAACUCACCGCGGCGGCCUCCAACCGUGUCUGCAAUGCCCUUGCCCUGCUGCAGUGCGUCGCAUCGCACAACGACACACGCGCCCUUUUCCUCAACGCGCACAUUCCUCUUUUUCUCUACCCAUUUCUCAACACCACCUCCAAGUCGCGGCCUUUUGAAUACCUGCGCCUCACCAGUCUGGGUGUCAUUGGUGCACUGGUCAAAAACGACUCGUCGGACGUCAUCAACUUUCUGCUGACCACCGAGAUAAUUCCUCUGUGCCUCCGAAUCAUGGAGACUGGCUCAGAACUUAGCAAGACUGUCGCCAUCUUUAUUGUCCAGAAGAUCCUACUUGAUGAUAACGGCCUCAACUACAUCUGCGCUACAUACGAGCGAUUUUAUGCCGUCGGUACUGUCCUGAGCAACAUGGUUGCUCAGCUUGUCGAAUCCCAAACUGCGCGGCUGCUCAAGCACGUCGUCAGGUGUUUCCUCCGUCUGAGUGAUAAUGCCAGAGCUCGCGAGGCCCUGCGCCAAUGCCUCCCCGAACCCCUCCGCGAUGCUACAUUCUCGUCCGUUCUGCGCGAUGACGCGGCUACUAAACGCUGUCUCGCUCAGCUGCUCAUCAACCUCUCCGACAAUGUCGGGGACCACAGUAACUCUGGCGUCUCGGGCAUGUGA